AAAGACUGCUAAUCUAAAAUAAUUUAAAUUAAUACAAAAAUUGUUAACUUACGUUUAGGUUUGUGAAAAUGAGAAGCAGUGGCUUAGUAUUGUUUACGUGUGCGGGGCUGUUGCUCAGUGGUGGGGCGAUCCUGGGCGGGUCGACAGCAUGGAGCCUGCUGCGCAUCUCUUACUACUUCUGGACGACUGACCUGGGCGUGGAGCUGGGGUCUAGCGUGCUGUUCGUGGUGGGGGCACUGCUGUGCCUGCCCGCGUGCUGGCUCUGCACCAUCGUGCCCUACCACCCUAAGGGGCUCACGCUCAUGGCCACGCUGAUGACCCUGGUGACGGUGGCGAUGCUUAUGCUCUCACUGGGGCUGUCGUCUGUAGCGGGGCUGUCGCGCGCAGUGCGUGAGCCGGCGGCACUCAACUCCAGCAUGCUGCGGGCUAUGUCGAGAGACGCACACGACCCCGCUGUGAAGAGCUCCUUCGCGGCUAUGCAGAUGGAGUUGAGAUGCUGCGGAGUGGUGUCGUACACUGAUUGGUACCAGCACCGCCGGGCGCUGCCCCCGUCCUGCUGCGGCCGCGUAUGGAAUGGAAAGCGUGGAGAUCAGUGUAAUGUUCCCUUGCAUGUGACGGGCUGCCUUAGACCCGCACUUAUCGAGCUCCGUAGCUAUGUCAACGCGCUGUCUGCCCUGGCUUCUGCCAUCAUCAUGGUUUUGGGCGUGACUCUGUUCACGACCGCGUACGCAGUGGUGUGCAGCGUGGUGGAGCGCGAGCCGCGGCACAAGCCGCAGCCGCUGCGCAUCGCGUGCCUGACGCCCGGCGCGUGCCUCGCCGCCGCGCCCGCUGCCGCCCACGUGUUCGCGCCGCCCAUGUGAGCGCGCCUUUACACGCGGUGACGGUGAGGUGCACAGCUUUCAAAAAUAUUCUACGCUCAGCGAUAUUUGACAACGCCUUUGUGAACUCUAAGGCCCAGAACAGACGGUGAAACGCAACUGCAACGAAACUUUGUGAUGAUUCUG